UAGAUUCCGUUGUGUGUGACCGAGUCCGUUGGCCGAUUGCGGCUUCUCCGUUGCGUUUUUCAUCGUUACGGCGUUAUACGCUCCGAUCGUACACUUGGCUGCUGCAAAUUCGAAAAAGGAGAGAGCGCAGAAGGCGGAUUGAUCGAGCGUGGGAAGGUGGGAAAGAGAGUAUCGGAGUAGAGAAUAGAUAGGAUCCAACGAAGUGUGGACACCCACGGCUGGAAAGGGCGCACGAUGAAAACGUACAGCAGGAAAAAGGGCGACAGCUCGAGCAACGUGAUCAUCCAUGUCAACGAGCUGUGUCGGCUCUGCCUGGCGAAGGAGGAGGAGAUGGUGCCGAUCUACGACGACGAGACUGUGCCGAUGCCGCUGCGGAUACUCUCCUGCGUCAAUAUCGAGGUUUUUGAGCAAGAUGGCCUGCCUAAUAUGAUAUGUCAUCCCUGCAAAUAUCAGUUGGAAAAAUCCUAUCAGUUUAGAAAGAAGUGCCAGGCUGCAGACACCAAGCUUAGAAAGCAUAUGAAGUUGAUACAACAAUUGACUGGACAGGAUGAAGAAGGCGAGAACCAGGAUAGCAGUAAGGACGAGUCUCAAGAAUCAACGGGAAAAUCCAAACAAGUUAAGCAACUGUUAGCUGAUUUGGUUUCAACGGAAGGCAACAGUGGUCAGAUGGAUGGAGAUCCUAUCGAGGUGACAGAGGAGGAACUUGUUGGCGGCUACAUUCUGGGAAUGACUUCUGAAAAUCCAGAGAUGGAGGAAAAUAUCUCAGAGGAUCCGGAGAACAUCACGCUGGUACCUGCUGAGGAACGAAUGGCGAAGGCACGCUGUACAAUAAGAACAACGCGUAUCAAACAGGAGCAAGAAUCUGAUGACGAGACGGAAGAGAUGCAGCGAGGAAUAGGGAACGAUCACAAGAAUGUUUACAUGAUGGAAGUCACUAGCGACAACGCCAAUCAGCCCGAUUCAUUGAAGUUACAGCCUAUGGGUGACACAAUCGUUGAUGCUAACCCGGAACUGAAAGUAUUUAAAUGCGACAAGUGCCCGAAAGCGUUUACACGGAGAAUAAUGUUGAAGAGUCAUCAGUCGGUGCAUUCUACUCAGAGGGGAUUUACAUGUCAGGCAUGUGAAAAAUGGUUUCCAACUAGGUCUGCGUUAGUGAGACACGAACGUACACAUACAGGCGAGAAACCAUUUGGUUGCAACAUUUGCCACCGUGCUUUCGCUCAGAAAGAAAUUUUGUUCAGACACUUAAUGACGCAUUCCGGCCAAAAACCGUUCCAAUGUCAGCAUUGCGAUAAGAGCUUUACGCAGCGAGAAGCACUAAAGGUGCAUAUGCGUCGGCAUCAGAAAUUAAAUCCAAAUGACAUUCAGUUACAUCAUUGCCAACUUUGUCCAAAAGCAUUCUGUCACGCUUCGGGUCUCAGCAGGCACUUGGUUACGCACACUGGUAGAACGUAUAAGUGCGUCGAGUGUGAGAAGACAUUUACAGAUAAAAGUUCGCUGCUGAGACAUAGUCGUAUCCAUGCGCCCAAGACAAUCAUAGGAAAUUGAGCAAUAUUUGCUCAGUUUGUUGUGAUUUUCCUGAGAUCUAGUGGGUACAAAAAAUUU